GCUAAUUCUGGUUGACGCGACCAACUUAAAGUUUUGUCCACAACCAACUUCUGCACAUCAGUCAUUAUUAAACUUCUUUUACAAUUACAUUUUAAUGAUGUUUCUGAUGCAACCCAUAAGGAUGGCUUAAUCACAGGCUUAUCCUAAUUUUAACAGACAGCAAUACCAAUGAGGAAAAAUUUAAACCAAUUAUCAGUUGAUGUACCAGAAGCUUGCAACAUCAGUAAAGCUCUCUUAUUGCUUCUUUGUUGGUUUACAGUCAUUGAAUUUUAAUAACACACUUGAAAUGCAAUGGAUACAAGAUGGAAAUGCACUUUAGAUCUCUUUUAAGGAGAUAUUGUGCAAGGAUGAUAGACUCUGAGCGUUUUAUUUAUCGCCUAAUCAUUUUCGUAGUUGUUCUUGGAGCAUUAUACUAUGCAUACUGCUUAUAUUAUGCAGCUUUACGCUUAGAAGGAAAUGAAUGGAACUCACGCCCAGCUAAGAAAAUUGACGACCUCUACCAAUCUGAUCCUGACCUAAAUGCAGUCCAUGAGAGAAUGUUGGCUGAAGCCAACACAUUGUCUUCAGAGAUCACUAUCGUCACUGCAUAUUACAACCUUGGAAGAUUGAACAAGGGGAAAAAGCUUGGACUUGGAGGAUAUUCUCCACAGCUUUACAAAAACUGGAUGUCUGUUUUUGGAAGGAUUGAUAACCCACUCAUCGUUUUUACAGAUUCUCAUGACGUCGUUGCUAUUUUUAAAGAAUUCAGAUCUCAUUUUAAACCAGAGCGAACAAAAGUGAUAUUUUUGAAUAGGACCUCUCUGUGGGCAUUUUCAUUAGCUCCAAGAAUUAAGGAAAUAUUUUCAAUGCCCGGCUAUCCUUCUCAUGACCCCAACACUGUCAAUGAGAAUUAUUCUUGUAUGAUGCAUGCAAAGUUUGAACUAGUGCGUAAAGUAAUUAAAGAACAAAUGUUUCACACGAAAUAUAUCAGUUGGUUAGAUAUAGGUUUAUAUAGAGGUGUUGUGGAUGAAACUCACAUUUUUCCUAUUAGACUUCCGCCAAACUUUGAUACGGACAAGAUAGCUUACAGUGGACAACGAAAAUUUGACCCAUCGUUAUCUCCUUAUCAGAUUAUAGCUGAGGACAAAGCAUGGGUAGGGGGUGCCAUGUUUUUGGGUCGGCCAGAACUCAUGUACGUUUACACUGAAGACUACAUGCGGGCUGUGAAAAAGUUGUUGUCUGAGGGGAUGAUGAGCACUGACCAGCAAGUCAUAUACAUCAUGUUCCAGCCACAGUUUCCUGUUAAGCCAAGAGUGGAAAUUCAGACAUACACAACACACUCACAAGACGAUUGGUUCUACCUAGGAUAUACCAUCAAGGAGUCAUGGGAUUACCAUUUACGUAAAGCAGUUUCUAUUUUAAGAUUUCUGCACUUUCUUUUAUGAUUUGGUUGUGCUCUAUCUUGUAAAUUAUACUGCUCAAUUUCAUGUAUCAGCUGCAUAGGUAUGAACUAUUUAUUGAAGUUUAAUCUUUUAAGGACUGGCAGAAAAAUAUUUAUCACAAGGGAAGUCUGCCAUUGGAGUAAAAUAAAAUGUCAGAAGUGCAAGAACUUUUUUUUACAAGCUUUUGCUUAGGUCACAACGUCUGUGGGUGGAUUUGUGGUCAAAUUUUAUAGCUUAUAUUUGACCCACUUCUAAUGUAGCCGUUUUGAUAGAAGUGUGAAUAUAUUUUUUAAAGACUUUAUCAUAUCAAUACUGUGAGUUCUUGCUUCUCGCCUCUUUCUACAGUUAAAAUUGUGAGCUUUUGCUGUAAAAAUGUUCCAAUUUGUUUGUUGUUGAUUUAAAUGUAGCCUUUUCCACCUGCAUUUAGCCUUUUAUUUUUGAAAAAUGAAGGCAUUUUUUUAACUUAAGCUUGCAUUACUCAUUUUGC